AUGAACAUCCCUAAACACAGUUUUAUAGCUUGGCUGGCAGUGCAGAACAGGCUAAAAACUAGGGAUAGACUGAAAAAAAUGCAGAUUAUUAUGGAUUCAACUUGUAUGUUGUGUGGUGAGCAAGAGGAAUCUAGAGAUCAUCUGUUAUUCCAAUGUACUUAUAACAGGAAGUGUUGGCAGGCUAUUAAAAGUUGGCUCAAUUGGAAGAUGGAGACGUGCAACAUCAAUAAUGUUACUAGUUGGAUCAAUAAUGUUGUGGUUGUGAUCUAUCAAAUUUGGAAGAUUAGAAAUAAUGCAUUUUGGAAUCAGUGUGUAUUACUCCCGAAAAUGUUUGUAAAAAAUAUUAUGAAUGAUGUUAGGAAUUGUACUGGGAGAUCUGAGUGGGAUAUAGUUCCACUUAGAGAUAAAGACAUAUAG